CUUACUAUCCACUAGGAGCGGGGAGCGGCAACGGCCGGCACGCGCGCGCACCUCAAGUUCAGCGCUAGCCGUGUGGUGGUUGCACACGUACUGCACCGUGCAAGCAAGCGCGCUCAUGGCUUCCCUUCCGCUCGACUCUAACUCUACCCUAGUUCUCUGCUUCCUCUUUGUGGUCUCUUGCCUGGCCAUCAUCGUUAGAGGCUUUGGGCAUGGCCGCAAGAGUGCGCAGCCGCCAUCGCCUCCGGGGCUGCCCAUCAUCGGCAACCUGCACCAGUUCAGGCGUGGCCGCCCGCACCGGACACUGGAGGCCCUCGCGCGGCGCCACGGCCCGAUCAUCUUCAUCCGCCUAGGCUCCGUGCCGGCCGUCGUGGUCUCCUCAGCGUCCCUGGCCGAGGCGGUGCUCAGGACUCAGGACAACGUCUUCUGCAGCCGCCCGCAGCAGUACACGGCCCGCGGCACGCUCUAUGGGUGCCGAGACAUUGCCUUCAGCGCCUACAGCGAGCGCUGGCGCCAGCUCCGCCGCAUCGCCGUGGUGCACCUCCUCGGCGUGAAGCGGGUUGACUCCUUCCGCACCGUCCGGGAGGAGGAGGUCGCGCGCUUCGUGGAACGGGUCCGCGCGGCAAGCGGCGCCCAGGAGAUCAACGGCGGCAAGCGCUCGGGAGUCAACGUCACCGAGCUCAUCAUCACCCUAACCUACUCCGUGAUCUCGAGGGCGGCCUUCGGGAACAAGCUUGGCGGCGUGGAGCCGGCCAAGGUCCGCGACAUGAUGAAGGAGCUCACUGAGCUGCUCGGCACGAUCGCCGUGAGCGAUGUUUUCCCGGCACUCGGGUGGCUGGUGGACUGGGCGACGGGACUCCACGGGAGGGUGAAGAGGACGGCGGCCAAGCUCGACAGUAUUAUGGAGAGGACUAUCACGGAGCACGAGGGGGACCCUGGAAACGACGACGGCGAGGCUCGGGACCUCCUGGACGACUUGCUCUCCAUCGCCAAGGAUGGCGACCAGGGGUUUAAGCUGGACCGGAUUGAUGUGAAGGGUCUCAUCUUGGACAUGUUCUUAGCAGGCACCGACACGACCUACAAGACGAUAGAAUUCACCAUGGCCGAGCUGGUUAAGAAUCCAAGAGAAAUGGCAAAGGUGCAAUCAGAGGUGAGGCAGGUAGCUACCGGUGCUCGCGGAGUUGUCCUUGAGGAGGAGCUAGAGAAGAUGGACCUCCUGCAUGCGGCCAUGAAAGAAACGCUGCGGCUACACCCGCCGGUGCCGCUGCUCGUCCCACGCGAGUCGAUUCACGAUACACAGCUGCAGGGCUACGACAUCCCAGCCAAGACCCGGGUCAUGGUGAACACGUGGGCCAUCGGAAGGGAUGACGAGUCGUGGGAGAACGCCGAGGAGUUCCGGCCGGAAAGGUUCCUGGGCGGAAGCGGAACCAUGGACUACAAUGGCAAGGACCCCCGGUUCCUACCCUUCGGCGCGGGGAGGAGGGGGUGCCCUGGUAUCGCCUUCGCCACGCGCCUUGCACAGCUCGCGCUCGCCAACAUGAUGUACCAUUUCGACUGGGAGCUGCCGGGUGGCCAGGAUCCGGAGUCGUUUGAGCUUGUUGAGGCCAGCGGGGUGUCGCCUGGCCUUAAGUCUGCCUUGAUCCUUGCCGUAAAACCUUUCUAGGCAGCAGACAUCAACUGUAUUAGAGUAAGUGCUAAUUAGUUCCUUCAUCAUAAUAAUUACCUCCGUUCGGAAUUACAAGCAGCAGAAAUAAAUAAAAAUAGAUGCAUUUCAAAUUAAAA